UAUUGAAACUCCUGCUCCAUUUUGUUUCAGUAAUUGUCUUGUCCUUCUAGAAAAAGAAGCAUAUUUGCAGAAACGAUUCCCAGAAAGCAGCCAUGGAUGUUGAUUCACAGCCAACUAUGGAGGAAACUAUUUUGGUUGGUGAUGAUCUAAUGAUGGGUCCUCCAUCACCAAUAGUACCGCCGGAAAUAGCUUCGCAUGUGCUCCAAGGUGUUGAUCUAUGUGAUGGAAUUCUCAGGAAUCUAUUCUUGUGCUUGCAAAUCAAUGACAUUGAACCAUUCUGUCAAGAUGAGAUUGCUCUAUAUAAACAAUGUGCUGAAAGAAGGGUGAGAUACUUAUAUUCUCUAUCAUUGUGUUGA